GUAUACAAACAUCCCAAGAUGCACGGUUUUAUGGUGUAUCUAGAAAAUUUGAGCCCUUUAGCAAUAAAGACAAAGAUUUAGUUAUACAAUUUACUGUGAAACAUGAACAGAAUAUUGACUGUGGUGGUGGUUAUUUAAAAGUAUUUGACUGCAGUUUAGAUUCAAAAGAUCUUCAUGGCGAAUCACCCUACCUCAUCAUGUUUGGUCCAGAUAUCUGCGGUCCAGGCACUAAGAAAGUCCAUGUAAUUUUCAAUUACAAAGGAAAAAACUUGUUAAUUAACAAAGAUAUACGUUGCAAGGAUGAUGUUUACACGCAUCUCUACACAUUAAUUGUCAAACCAGAUAAUACCUAUAUUGUAAAAAUUGACAAUGAAAAGGUUGAAAGUGGUGAACUGGAAAAAGAUUGGGAAUUUUUACCCCCAAAGAAGAUAAAAGAUCCGGAAGCUAAAAAGCCAGAAGACUGGGAUGACAACCCAAAAAUUGAAGACACUGAAGAUAAAAAGCCAGAUGAUUGGGAUCAACCAGAAUACAUUCCUGAUCCAGAUGCUGUGAAACCAGAGGACUGGGACGAUGAAAUGGAUGGUGAAUGGGAGCCUCCUCAAAUCAAUAAUCCUGCAUUUAAAGGUGAAUGGAAACCUAGGCUCCUUGACAAUCCUAAUUACAAAGGUCCAUGGAUUCAUCCCGAAAUUGACAACCCUGAAUAUGUUCCUGAUGCAACUUUAUAUAAAUAUGAUGAAAUUUGUGGAAUUGGGUUUGAUUUAUGGCAGGUAAAAUCCGGCACGAUUUUUGACAAUGUCUUGAUUACUGAUGAUGAAUCUGAGGCAGAGAAGCAUGGCAGAGAAACUUGGGGAGCUAUCAAGGAUGAAGAGAAAAAGAUGAAAGAAAGUCAAGAUGAAGAAGAAAGAAAAUCUUCGGAAACUAAAACUGAUGAUGAAGAUGACGAAUCAGAAUCAAAUACUGUAGAUGAACCAGAUGAAAUUGUAGACAGUCAUGAUGAACUCUAGCUGUGAUUUCUUAAUGGACAAUGACAAAUAGUGAUGGAUAUUCACCUAAUAUCAUUUUUCAUUGGUAGUUCAACUUCUGUUGAAAACUGCAGCAUUUGGUGCCACAAUGGAAACUAUCUUUUGAACUUGCAUCUAAUUUUGAAAUUUCAUUACUACGUACUAUACAUUUUCACAUUAAAUGUCACCUCUGUUUUGUUAAAAUGUAAAAGUGUUUUCAAUACAUUAGGUUUGGCAGAUUUGUAAAUAUUUAUUUAAUCAUAUAAAUGUUGGAGCAUUUGUACAAAGCAACUCAUGACAAAGACUAUGUUUAUUUCUAAAGGUCUAUGUUGUGUUAAAACAGAAUAAUGCUGCGAGAGAUGUGCAAUAGUAUAUACCACUUCAUGAUUUUCAGUGAAACUGUAUUGUUCAUGUUCAUUUUAGUAGCAAUUUAUUUAAUUCCUCUUGCUAUGGAAAAAAUUCAAUUUAGUUUUGAUGAGUAUAUUUGAGGUGUACAAUUUAACAUUUUUCUGUUAUACAAACUAAAUUUUUAUUGUUAAGUUUAAAAUUAAAUUUUAAUUUCUCUUAUUCAUUUAUUUAAUGUAAAUUUUGGUUUGAAAUAUUUACUGUCACAAAAAGAAAUAAACCACUUGAACUUUAUACAAAACUACUGUAAUUUGAUUCAUUCUUAAUAAAAAGGAAAAAAGUU